CAAACAUUACAUAUUUGUCUCUUUCAGAUGACUCAGGAGCAGUACAUCCUGGCAGCACAGCCCAACUCCCUGCACCAACGGGGGUCGUCGGUGUGCGGAGCCCAGAUGUACCACGUGGUGGGAAUCUACGGCUGGAGGAAGAGAUGCUUGUACUUCUUCAUUCUCCUCCUUGUCGUCACCAUGAUUGUCAACCUGGCUCUGACCAUCUGGAUACUCAAAGUCAUGAAUUUCACUCCGGAAGGAAUGGGCAAUCUGCGAGUGACCAAAGAAGGGGUGAGACUGGAGGGGGUUUCUGAAUUCCUAUUGCCUUUAUACGUCAAAGAAAUCCAGUCCCGAAGGGACAGUCCAUUGAUCAUGCAGUCAGAUAGAAAUGUGACUAUCAAUGCGAGGACUGAUGACGGACAAUUGACUGGUCAGCUCACAGUGGGCUCCGAAAUGGUGGAGGUCCAGUGUCAGAGGUUUGAGGUGAAGAGUGCCAAUGAAGAGAGAGUUCUUUUCUCUGCAGAUGACGAGGAGAUCAGCAUCGGCACAGAGAAACUCAUAGUGACAGGGUCAGAAGGAGUUGUGUUUAGCCAUUCUGUACAGACGUCACACGUGAGGGCAGAGCCCUUCCAGGAUUUAAAGCUUGAAUCCCCAACUCGGACACUAACCCUGGAGGCACCCCGAGGUGUGGAGGUGAAUGCUGGGGUUGGAGACUUCACGGCGUCAUGUAGGAAAGACCUCCUGCUGCAGUCCUCAGAAGGAGAAAUCUUUCUAGAUGCAAACACCAUCCGGUUGGGCAACAUUCCCCUUGGCAGUGCAGUGGACCCGCUGGAAGGUGCAGCAGCAGGUACCACCUACACCAAACAGACGGGUGUCUACGAACUGUGUGCCUGCGCUAAUGGCAAGCUCUACCUAUCCGCUGCUGAGAAAGGCUCCACCUGCCAAACAACUAGUAAUUUUUGCCUUUGGAGCUGA